GCCAGGCCAGGGACAAGCGUGUGGGCUCCAGGUACAGGACUCCCAAAGUCAAGGGUUUCAGGUCACACGGGUGAAUCACUUUGCAAGCAGAUGCCACAGGUCUCUUCUCAGAUUGGGCAGGACAAGGUCAGCGUCAGCAGAUCUGACCCUAAAAAUAGGCUCUUGGAUGCCAGUCGGGGUGGCCGGGUGUGCAGCCGCCACACGCCCCACAGACCAGCACCUCCUGACCUGGCCAGUACCCGUUGCAGAAAGGAGAGAAAAUCCCUUGGCUCCAAAAUGACAUCCAGAGAACCAAAGACAAGCCUCCAGAAUGCCUACCCGUCUGCCAAGAAGCUGCUAUUGAAGGUGGAGGAGGAGGGGGAGAUGGAGGAUUACUGCACCCCAGGAGCCUUCGAGCUGGAGCGUCUCUUCUGGAAGGGCAGUCCCCAGUACACCCAUGUCAACGAGGUCUGGCCCCAGCUCUACAUCGGCGACGAGGCGACGGCGCUGGACCGCUACGGGCUGCAGAAGGCGGGCUUCACGCACGUGCUGAACGCGGCCCACGGCCGCUGGAACGUGGACACGGGGCCCGACUACUACCGCGACAUGGCCAUUGAGUACCACGGCGUCGAGGCCGACGACCUGCCCAGCUUUGACCUCAGCGUCUUCUUCUACCCAGCGGCCGCUUUCAUAGACGCUGCGCUCCGAUACGAUCAAACGCAAAGGGCCUUUGGGGGCUGUGGGGAGCUCUCUGCCGAUCCGAGGACGAAUGCAGCAGCACUGCAAAAGGUGUAGAAAGCAAGCAUUCCUCGGAGUCCACCUUCAGCCAUGGAUGGGACGGAGUGCAUCCUGUUUACAGUGGAUUACAGUUCAUCCAAACAGAGGAACUCUACGCAGCCACGAGAAAAAAUAAAGAGAGAACUCUUCACAGACUGAUAUACAAAAGUCUCCAAGGUAUAUUGUUAAAUGGAAGAAGCAAGGUGUACAAAAAUGUGUAAAGCUUACUACCUUUUGGGCAGGAAAGAAGACAAAAAAGAUGAUUUUCCUUGUCUAUGCACAGAUGCUUCUCUGGAAGAGGAAGUUGGUAAUACUUGUUUCCUUGGGGAACUGAGGAGCUAGGUGGAAGGGGGGCUUUCCAAUGGGCAUCAUUUUGUACCUUCUGAAAUUUGAACCCUAGUGGCUGCCCUAUUCAAAAUAAGUAAGCAUUAAGUAAAUAAAUACUAUGGCUAUGAAUAUGUUAUAAAUAUAAAUCAAUUAAAAGUGAACAUUAAACUCAAAGUUAUUUCUCCAGCACCCUGCUGGAGUUCUCACUUGGAGGUGCUUUGGCAGGUAGUGUAAUAGAAAAGAUUCCAUAUUUGAUCUGUUCCUUUGGCUUUAACCCUGUGCCCUGUUUCCUAGGCUUAGUCUUGCUAGCUCUAGACCU